UUCCGGUUUUUGUUAGCAGGCUAGUUGUAAACAAACUGAAAUCUUGAAAUUACUUAGCCGUCCUUGAACUUUAUCACAAAGUAGUAUGAAGAAAAAGUACAGAACGGAAGCGGAAAUGCUGUUAGUUAGAUGAAAACUUUACGACCUGUCAUCUAGUCAUGUUUGGAGUUUUCCAGAGAACAACAAUGCUGAGGACAGCUCUGAGACACCUGUCCAAAUCACCACCCCCACCUGUACACAGCCAGAUGCAGUUUCUUGCCAGGGGCCCCUGUCUACAGAGUGUGAGCCUCAGUCAUAAGCUUCAUGUUGGAGCAGAUGGAUCCAGGUCAUCUCCUGCUGCAGCUCCACACAGAUUACCUUUCUCAAGGAUAACAGAGGAGGAUCUGGCCUUAUUCAGGGAGAUUUUACCAGGCAGGGUCAUCACUGACCCUGACCUGUUGCAGUCCAGUAAUGAAGACUGGCUGAAGUCUGUGAGAGGUUCAAGUGAAGUGUUGCUGAGACCUCAGACAACACAGGAAGUGGCAAAAAUUCUCAGUUACUGUAACAGUCGUAACCUGGCUGUGAACCCUCAAGGAGGUAAUACCGGUCUGGUUGGUGGCAGCGUGCCGGUGUAUGAUGAAAUCAUCCUCUCCACCUCUCUCAUGAACAACAUACUUUCCUUUGAUAACAUCUCUGGUAUUCUAACCUGUCAGGCAGGUUGUGUGUUGGAGAACUUGAGCCUCUACCUGGAGGAGAGAGACUACAUGAUGCCGCUGGAUCUUGGAGCAAAGGGCAGCUGUCAUAUUGGGGGUAAUGUGGCCACUAACGCCGGUGGGCUGCGGCUGCUCCGCUACGGCUCCCUACACGGAACCGUGCUUGGCCUGGAAGUUGUGCUGGCUGACGGACAAGUUUAUAUAGAGGUUAUCAUUGUUAAAGGUAUUAACUCUUUAAGAAGACGUCGCAAAGACAUUUUUUUUUCUUUUUCUGCAGAUUGCCCUUUCUACAUCGUCAUAGAAACCUCUGGAUCGGACUCGGACCACGACUCACAGAAGCUCCAUAACUUUUUAGAGGAAGCAAUGACAUCGUCUCUAGUUACUGAUGGUACCAUAGCAACCGAGGACUCAAAAAUAAAGGCGCUGUGGUCAAUGCGUGAACGUGUCACAGAGGCGCUGACUCACGAUGGCUUCACCUACAAGUACGACAUCUCCCUUCCGGUGGAGCGGAUCUACCAGCUGGUCACAGACAUGAGGCAGCAUCUGGGAAACCGGGCCAGAAGUGUGGUGGGAUACGGACACGUAGGUGACGGUAACCUUCACCUUAACAUCACCUCCCCUGCUAAGGAUCCAGCCCUGCUUGCCUCCAUUGAGCCAUUCGUCUACGAAUGGACGGCCAAGUUUCACGGCAGCAUCAGUGCAGAACAUGGACUGGGCCUAAAAAAGAGAAAUUAUAUCUACUAUAGUAAAUCAAGGUCUGCUGUAGAACUAAUGGGUGACAUCAAGAUGUUGCUGGACCCCAGAGGCAUCCUGAACCCGUAUAAGACUUUACCAGACCAUCUGAAGUGACUUUAAGAUCUUUGCAGAGUUCUUAAAGUGACUUUAUCCACCCGGGUUGCCUCUGGUUUUAGAUCCUGAGUUAAGGAUUGUUUGAAAAAGCACAUGACAGACUGCAGUGUUGCUCUGAAAAGUGAAUCAUCCUGACGCAUCUUAGUGUAAACCUAAUGUAUCCACUAGAGGGCAAUAAUGAUACACCAGUGCAUGGAUCAACAUAAGAUAAAGGUGCAUACAUGUGCUCCCUUCAGUUUAGGGAAGAUAAGAAAAAUGACUUCAGAUUGAGGGGGUGGUUUGAAUAUAAAUCUGAGAAGAACUGCAAUGAAAAAAGAUAAAAGUUUAUAGACACUAAAAUCACAAUAAACCGUUAAUCGUAAGGCAAGAGUGCAGUAAAUAUUUUAUUACAUAUAAAAAAAGACAGAGCAUUAAUUUUUUUCCUCAAAACAAAGCCAGCACUUGUGAGCUUAUUUCUUUGUACACCUAGGCCACGUUUUGAUUUGAACCAGUAUGAAAUAAAACAGUGUUUAAUGAACAUGGAGUGAAUCCUUUCCUUCCUGUUUCUACA